AGCCAACCUCUUCCUCAUGACGCCACCGAGGCUGGGCUCAGAGGGCUCCGAUCAUAAUAUUUAACACACCCACCCUGGAUGAACACUUGGAAGGAAGACAAGGCGGUGUAAAGAGAAAGAGGAGGGGGGACAAAUGACAAGCAGGAUCUCUGCACCUGCCAGCCAGUCUCUGAUUUGACUUCAACGAGGCUUGCAGACAGCAGGAGCGGGACAGCAUCCAAGCAUCUCCGCGGAUCACCUGUUAUUUUAUGGAUUUUUCCCACUUUUUUAAAACAAUCACUUCAUCCUGAAUAAAAAGGAAAGGCUGCGUUUUUCUUGGACUAUAUAAACCUGCUACUUUUUUUUUUUUUUUUUUACCCUAGUUAUGACACAUUUGACAUCUCACUUCGUGCUGGCAGCAUUUCAAGGAAGCAGAUUUGAGGAAGAAUAUCGGUGCUUUUAACAGGACCCCCCUUCCUCCUUCCUCCUCCUCCUCCUCCUCCUCCUUCUUCUCUUCCUGUUACCUCUUCUUAACGAUUUAUUUAGUGCUCCGUCCUCCUGACACUGUAUCCUGUUCAACAAGGCAAUGAAUGAAGAGCACUUGUGUUUGAGCCGCUGCCAGUGAAGUGUCCAGAGAUCACAAUGUGUCCACCUGUCCGCCCGGGAAUGAAGAAUUUUGGACUAUUGUAAGACAAAAAAAUAAAGCCAGAGCACAUCAUGGAGUUGUUAACAUAGGCUGACACGCAUUAUGCAUGCAAUGAUCACAGUAAAUCUUCAAGCUGCUUUGUCAUCGCAUAACAGUGUUGGACAUCAAUGUCGGUGCCGUGAGGUGCGCUGCGCUUAAAGCUUUCUCUGCGUAAAGAAAAAGAGGAGAGAAAAAACAAAAGAUUUAAAGAUGAUUUUGUUUCGCAAAUUCAGAGUGUUGAUACUCAUGGUGUUUUUGGUAGCGUGCACCAUGCACAUUAUGAUUGACUUGUUACCGAAGCUGGAGAAGCGUGCAGCGGGAGCGGACAGCGGGGACGGCGGCUGUCAGUGCGCGCACCACCCGGGCGGGGAGGCGCAGGGCUGGGGGAAGCAGCGCGCCAGGUCGGCGGCUGAAGCGGGCUGGCCUAACAAGCACACGCUGAGAAUCCUGCAGGAUUUCAGCAACGAGCCGAGCUCUAACCUCACAUCGCACUCUCUGGAGAAGAUCACAGCAGCAGCAGCAGGAGCAGCAGGAGCAGGAGGAGCAGGAGGAGCAGGGGAGAGAGCGGAGUCCGGGAGGAGGAUGAGACCGUCCGCGGGGAAGGCGGAGGACCAUAAGUCGCUGAUCGGGGACGCGAGCGGGGGUCGGAUCGCCCCUGCACACACUGUGUCCCGGCUGUCUGCUCUCUUUGAGCAUCCUUUAUACAAGGUUGACCUUCCUCCUCUCACGGACGAUGACACUUUGUUUAACGUCAACACUGACAUCAGGUUUUAUCCCAGAGCAACAGGGAACCAAGGAUGGCACAACGAGGAGGGGAACGAAGAGGAGGAGGAGUUCUCUCCAACGGGAGAGGUGACGGCAGAGUCGUACCCCAACUGGUUACGUUUCCACAUCGGCAUCAACCGCUACGAGCUCUACUCCAGACACAGUCUGGUGCUGGACGCUCUGCUGAAGGACCUGGUCACUCAGAGGAUCACCAGCGUGGCCAUGAAAUCCGGAGGCACCCAGCUGAAGUUGAUCAUGACUUUCCAGAACUAUGGACAAGCUCUGUUCAAGCCAAUGAAGCAGACCCGGGAGCAGGAAACCCCUCCAGACUUCUUCUACUUCUCAGACUUUGAGAGGCACAACGCUGAGAUUGCAGCUUUCCACUUGGACAGGAUCCUUGACUUCCGGAGAGUUCCCCCGGUGGCUGGGCGACUCGUCAACAUGACCAGAGAGAUCAGAGACGUGACUCGAGAUAAGAAGCUGUGGAGGACCUUCUUCAUCUCACCAGCCAAUAACGUGUGUUUCUACGGGGAGUGCUCCUACUACUGCUCCACUGAGCACGCUCUGUGCGGUAAACCGGACCAGAUCGAAGGCUCGCUGGCGGCCUUCCUGCCCGACCUGAACCUCGCCAAGCGCAAGACGUGGAGGAACCCCUGGAGACGCUCCUACCACAAACGCAAGAAAGCAGAGUGGGAGGUGGAUCCAGAUUACUGUGACGAGGUGAAGCAGACUCCUCCGUAUGACCGAGGCACUCGGCUGCUGGACGUCAUGGAUAUGACCAUCUUUGACUUCUUAAUGGGUAACAUGGACCGACAUCAUUAUGAAACUUUUGAGAAGUUUGGAAAUGAAACCUUCAUUAUUCACCUCGACAACGGAAGAGGGUUUGGAAAACACUCCCAUGAUGAGCUGUCCAUCCUGGUGCCUCUCAGCCAGUGCUGCAGAGUGAGGAAGUCGACCUACCUGCGUCUCCAGCUGCUGGCCAAAGACGAGUACCAGCUGAGCUCCCUGAUGGAGGAGUCUCUGCUCCGCGACCGGCUCUCCCCGAUCCUCAUCCAGCGCCACCUCCACGCCCUGGACCGCAGGCUCCGGCUGGUGCUGCAGGUCCUGGCCGGCUGCAUAGAGAAAGAAGGCCACGUUAACGUGGUGGAGGAAGAUCUGGCCAGGGAGACGGCCACCCAGAGGGGCCCCGGCCACAGGUAGUGAGGGCCAGAAAACACACGAACAAUGGACCACGCCCACCUGUGGCUGCCGACCAAUGGGAUUACAGCGAAAGUCCCACACUUCUGAUACCAAGCUGAAUUCAGUGAAUUCCAAGACUUGCCAUCAUUGCCUCUCUGGAAACUGCUUUUAAGUGUAAAGAAGAAAGGAAAAGGAAAGACUGUGCUCACACAGAGGCUUUGUAUUUGUUAGAUACAGAUGUAUUUUUGUUGUAUAAGACAUAAAGGAACCGCUGCUGUGUUCUGAUUCUGUCCUGUUUGUUUUCAAUAUGGAGGGUACCAGUUUGUUUUACGUGUUUUAUUAUAUUAGUACAUAACCAAAAGAGAACGUACACUGACUGGGGCAGCAUUUAGGUCAGACAAUAAGCUUUAUCACAAUGUAUGAAAAGGGGGAGGAAGUGUGCAGGUUUUUUUUUUUCACAACCAGGAGAAGAAGAACAGUGUGAUCUCUGGUAAACAAACCAGCAUGCUAACUGUACACAAAGUUUCCAUCGCUGAUUGUAAAUUAAACAGCGUUGCUAACUUUGCACAGAGUGUCUGGUGCUUGUUGUAAACAAACAGAUAUAUAUAUAUAUAUAUAUAUAUAUAUAUAUAUUUAACCAGGUAAAAAGUCUCAUUGAGAUUUAAAAAAUCUCGUUUCCAAGAGAGACCUGGCCAAGAAAGCAGCAUAAAAAGUAACAUUUAAACACAGUUAUCAUAAACAAUUAAAUAUUUUAAUUGUUUUUUUACAUUUUUUUUCACAACCAGGAGAAGAAGAACAGUGUGAUUUCUGGUAAACAAACCAGCAUGCGAACUGUACACAAAGUUUCCAUCGCUGAUCGUAAAUUAAACAGAGGUAUAUAUGUA